AUGAAGAGCACCCUGAUUGCCCUUGCCACUCUUUGUGGCCAAAGUGUUGCGCAAACUCUAUACGCGGCGUCGUAUGCAGGCUCUGUCCAUUCCCUAGCCCUGAGCAAAGCAAAUGGAACACUUGGUCUGUCCACACAGUCCCUGUCGACAGAAUGUGGGACAAGUCCAUCGUGGUUGAUGUUGGAUGGUGACAACAAGAUCCUGUAUUGUCUGAAUGAAGCCAUUGGAGCAUCUAAUGGUAGCAUCACAUCCUUCAAUACCCAAGGCAAUGGAUCCCUCGAUGCCAUUAACACCUUGACCGUUCCCGGUGGCCCUGUCAUGUCUGCUAUGUACUCUGCUCCUGGGGUCCAUAACCAUAAAUUCUUUGCUGUUGCCCACUAUGAGACAUCGAUCGUCACAACAUACGCCGUCGACCCCAUCCGAGGCCACUUCAAGCUGAUCCAAACGUUCACAUACAACAUGUCUGCCCCGGGACCAAACGCCGAGCGCCAGGAUGCUCCUCAUCCCCACGGAGUGACGGUGGACCCCACCGGUCGUUUUGUUCUGGUGCCGGACCUAGGGGCAGACCUGGUGCGCAUCUUCCACAUCCACCCGACAACGGGACACCUGGAGCCAAUAGACCCAUAUGUUGCAGCUCCUGGAUCAGGACCUAGGCACGGGGUUUUCUGGACCCCCAAAGGGUCUCACGGCACCGAUGCGAAUGUCUAUUUCUUCCUUGUGCACGAGCUGAACAACCUCCUCAGUGGCUUCCGCGUCAGCUACACAGAGGGUCGAAUUCACUUUUCCAAGUUCUUCGAGGAGAGCUCGUUCGGAAACAGCACUGCUCCCUCUGGUUCCAAGGUGGCCGAAAUUGCAAUCUCGCCCGAAAACAACCACAUUGUUGUCAGCAACCGCCUGGACAACACCUUCGGCCGGAAGAACGACUCCCUCGCCGUAUUUUCAUGCGCUGAUAUCAGCGGGGCGUCCUUUACCGGCGUUCAGUUCCUUGGCUUGUACCCCGCGUAUGGCUCUUCGGUUCGCAACUUCGAUAUUACUGGUAGGCUGGGCUUGAUGGGUGUUGCUCUGGAGCAAAGCCAAAAGGUGGCUGUUGUGCAAUGGAACAAAGCCACAGGACGUCCUGGGAAGCUCUGGACCGAGAAAGAGCUUGAUGGGGAUAUUCCCGCCGUUGCAUGGGCACUUUGA